GUCUCAAACUGACUGCGACUUCUUCUUCUUCUUCCCCUCUGUGUGUUGUAUUUUUUUAAAAAUUUAUUUUAAAAUAAAAAUCCGAUCUUUCUGCUUUUCUCUGUAGCAAUUUUAUCUCUUCAGCAGUAUAAGUGAAGGGGGAUGGCUGAACAAAGCUCACCGGUAGUCCAUUUUGAUUUCGAGCUUUAUGAUGGCGAUCCUGACCGGUUGAAAACUGUUGACGCUACACCUGCGUUUCCCAGCUCGUAUAUUGAUCCCGCGUCUUUGAAACUCAAAUACAGGAUCGGACACGGCCUGUUUGGUGAUGUUUGGGUAGCAACGCAUCAUCGGUCCGGAAAGGACUAUGAUCAGUAUCAUGAGGUUGUGGUUAAGAUGUUGCAUUCGAUAAAGGAGGGUCACGAAAAUGAGUUUCUUCGUAGGUUCGAAGAAGUAUGGAGGAAUUCAAAGUCCCAAAACUUGCAAGGUGUCUGUUGGUUGCAUGGUAUCUGUGUCAUAUCCGGGAAGAUCUGCAUAGCAUUCAAAUCGUACGAGGGGUCAGUAGGUGACAGGAUGGCGCAGAUGAACGGAGGAAAGCUUUCAUUAUCUGAUGUUCUGAGGUAUGGUAUUGAAUUGGCUAAAGAAAUUCAACUACUGCACCAAAUAGGUCUCCUAGUUCUGAACCUUAAGCCGAACAAUUUCCUUCUUGAUGAACGCGACCAUGUUGUCCUUGGAGACUUUGGGAUCCCUUACUUGCUUCUCGGGAUUCCUUGGCGUGAUCCUCAAGUAGCUGUGAGACUCGGAAGCCCCAACUACAUGGCACCCGAACAAUGGCAACCCGGAGUGAGAGGUCCAAUAUCCUACGAGACUGAUUCGUGGGGAUUCGCCUGCAGCAUUAUCGAAAUGCUGACCGGCACUCCACCCUGGUUCGGGAGAUCCCCGGAGGAGAUGCACCAUUCAGUUGUAGUACGCCAAGAAAAGCCCCGCGUUCCAUGUGGCCUCCCUCCUGCAGUAGAAGAAGUCCUGAAAGGCUGUUUCGAGAAUGACUUUCGCAACCGGCCUCUAAUGUCAGACAUUCUACAAGCAUUUGAAAGCUCGCGAAAGGCUGUUAACAGCGACGGGUCGUGGAGUAACCAGGGGAGCAAUCUGAAUGUGAAUAAGCCACACUGCAGUGGCUAUACCACAUGGUUCCUUUCGAAAGAUCGCCUUCAGAUUGGUGACACAGUUCGUUCGAGGAAGGAUAUAAGCACGUGCAAGCCCGUUAGUUUGGUUGUGAAGGAAGGAGCUGUGGUCGGGCUCGAGAAGGAUGGCGAAAGGGAUGCAUUCGCACUGGUUCAAAUCCCUAGCAUGCACAAUCAGCUUAAGCUGAACGCCGUAACCAUAGAGAGGGUCACAUUCGGCUUUGCAUCGGGGGAUUGGGUGCAACUUAUAAAAGCAAACGAGCAGCACGCAUCUCUCGGGAUUUUGCACUACAUUCACCGCGAUGGAACUUCUGGCGCCGGCUUCUUGGGGCUGGAUACUCUAUGGAGGGGACAUUACUCCGAGCUCAGAGUCGUGGAGCCAUUCUCGGUCGGGCAGUUCGUGAGGCUGAAGGCCGACAUCGCCACGCCCCAAUUCGAGUGGCCUCAUAAACGGGGAGGCUCGUGGGCGAGUGGAAGAAUCUCGCGCGUUCUUCCAAACGGCUGCCUGGAGAUUGAAUUCCCGGGAAGGCUCGUCCUUGGAGACAACAAACACGCUCGUUUCUUGGCUAGCCCCGAGGAAGUGGAGCACGUCUCGUUGGACACGUGUCCCGGCCUUUCGGAGAAGUACGAACUGGCCGAAGAUUUUCACUGGGCGGUGCGGCCUCUGGCAAUCGCAUUCGGCGUGUUCACAGCCACGAAAAUAGGCACCUUUGUCGGAAGAAACGUCGUUGGAGGGCUACGGUAUAGAUGUCAAAGGAACCGGAAGCAGAUAGCCGACGCCGGCAAUCAAGAGGGCCAAAGUAAUAGCAACCCAGCUUGGCUCCCUCCAAAAGUUGCUAGUAUCAUCUUUAAAGAAGGCACCAGCAUAGCAAGUCCUCGUUGAUUAUCUUUGUCUAUAGGUUUGGUAUAUGUCUAAGAAUUCUGCCACACUUUUGUAUAUAUAUAUUGUAAAUUCUAAGUGAAAAUGUAUGUGUUUCACUAUGUAUAUACACAGAAAAACUGACUCAUUUGCAAAAAAUAUGCAAGCUGUAUUUGAUUUUUUUUA